AUGGGAUUGGAGCUCUUCUCAUCUUUAGGUGCUAAAGUGGCCAUAGUUGGACGGGAUCAAACCAAACUGGAUAAAGUUGCUGCUGAAUGUGAAACAAAGUCACCUCAACAUUACAAGCCUGUUGUUAUUAAGGCUGAUUUUAUUAGAGAGGAAGAUGUGGUUCGAACCUUUGAAGAAACCAUUUCUGUUUAUAAAACUUUGGACAUUUUGAUAAACAAUGCUGCUAUUCCUGCACACAAAGGAUUCGGUGAACCAGACGCUAUGGCUGAUUAUGAUCGAGUGCAGCAGGUUAAUGUUCGAGCUGUAGUUCGUCUAACUGAAUUGGCUGCACCACAUUUAAAGGAAACCAAAGGAGCUAUUGUUAAUGUUUCAAGUGUUGCAGGCAUAAAACCAUUUCCAGCAACUUGGUCUUAUUGUAUGUCAAAAGCUGCACUGGAUAUGUUUACCAAGUGUAUGGCAGGUAAACUGGCUCCUCAUGUUCGAGUAAAUACAGUUAGUCCAGGAGGAGUUCUAACAAGCUUCGCCCGAGAUCGUCCCGAUCCGGAAGCUUUUAGGGCACGUUUAGCUGAAAUGCAUCCAAUGCAACGACUUGCUGAACCAGUAGAUCUUGCCAAUGUGAUUGCUUUCCUCGCAUCUGAUGCUGCAAGAAACAUGACUGGGUCAAUUGUUGUUUCAGACUCUGGCAUGUUAGUUGCUGAUCCUUAUGCUAAAUAAGCUUACUUCUGAUUAAAUUAAAUCAUGUAUUAAACAAAUAGGAUUGUUGUACAGUUUCCGAAAUAAAAACAUUAUCUGGUAAAACCAUUUGCUCAUAAAAA